AUGGAUCCUCUUCACAUCACCGAAUUCGCCUCGGAGCGAUACUUCGAUAAAUUAAAGCAAUUAAAUCGGAAUGCAGAGCAGCCCGCCGCAGCAGGUCCGGCAACACAGAAUGCUCCUGAACAACUCCCCGCGCCAUUACAGGCGUCGACCUUCAUCCUCCCCCUAGGCCGACAACGACAGAUUAAUAGCGAACAUGCUCUCGCCCUCAGACCCAGUGAGCAGAAGAAGCGAUCGCUCGGCCAUGAUCUCACGGCUCUGCGGACGCAGCGUCGUCCGAGCUUUGUGGGGGGCUUUGGGAGUUUGCGCUCGAAGGUCACCACAGUUCAUAAGAUCCCGUCAGUCCUCGAACAGCAAGAAGAAAUUCUGGCUGAAGAUCCAACGGCAGCUUUGAACUUCACCCUGAGCGACCUCUUCCUAUCCCUCCCAAGCGAACUCCAAGCGCAGAUUAUCGCGCCCCUUCCGAUACACGAUGUACUCAACCUGCGAUUAGUGUCCAAGACGUUCCACACUUUAGUCGCUCUCAAUGAAUCGCCAAUUGCGCGCUAUCAUAUUGCGCAUAGCCUUCCUGCAUACACAUUACGAUUAUAUCCGGUACCAGAGCCGCAAAACAUCAAUCUCCAUUACGUGUGUGGCAUAUGGCAUCGGCUUCAUGUUGCGCUGAAGCUGUCGACUAUGAUAUCUUCCCAAGCAACGAAAGAAAUAUUCCUACGGACGACGGAAGUCCAGCGACUCGAGUUCGAGCCACAGCAUCAGCGUAUGCGUCAACGACUGAUGCCCCUUGUUUUUACCCUUUUCCAUUUCUUCGAAACGUACCGGGAACUCCACGUCCGCCACCUAACAUAUGGCGGAACCCCACUUCGACUUCAACCAUAUACUUUAAACCCCAUCGAGUGCGAAGUGAUGGCAAUGUAUGAUGACCAGACCCUUCUCAGGGCUCACCAAGUAUUUCCUUUAGUAAUGUCUUCUUUCUCCCGACGGUUACGGCCACCAUCGUAUGCUGGACGAAUCGAACGAUCUUUCAAAGGUUACCUCAAGGAUCGACCUGCAGAUGAGGUGUACGCAACUAUUAUACAGGUUGGAGGACUACGCCAGGCACAGAGAUUCUGGGAGACGAAGGGUUAUAACAUCCGACGUGCGGCGGUGGAUACGUGGUAUGGCUUCGUCACACGGAGCCCUGUCGAAGCGCCACCAAAGUCGAAGUUGUCCAUGAUAGCCUCGCUCGGACGGAAAAAGCCUACGCCGGCAGUCGACGUAGCGAGCGCGGAGGGAGGUGGAGGACACGCAGCAGAGAGCUGUCGCGAAUGGUUCUGCGUGAAACCAGCCUGCCUAGCAGCUCGACGGCGGCACUCGACCGAUAACCUGGUCUUCCACAGCAGUCUCGCCGCGGGACCGCCUAUGAGUCCUUUGACACGAGAGCAACUUCGAGUGUUCUUGCCGGACCUGCAACAUCUGUCCAAUAUCUGGAUGCAAACGGCAGAGGCGCUUAUAUUGGAAAGGAAGAUCGUCCCGGCGGCUCGGGACAUCAAGAGAAACCACGUAGUUCUGUUGGAGCUUAUCCGCGAACGGGAAGGUGGUGCGGACGGGAUGGAGGACUGGGCAUCACGCAACACGCCUCCAGCCCCAACGCCAAAUCUUAAUAUAGGGCAGCAGGAGGGCAUGGGCUCUUCAGGCGGCGUAUCAGACUAG